AUGGUACUGGAUACCAUGUCCGGCAGCGAGACUUUUAGCGCCAUAGACCUGACAGACGGGUUUUACCAGAUUUUAAUGAGGGACAGUGAUAUCCCGUUCACCGCUGUCAGCACGCUGAGUGGCAUGCUUUGGGAGUGGCUAGUCAUGCCACAAGGCCUUAAGAACGCUCCAGCAACGUUCAACCGGAUGGUGACACAAGUGCUUCGGCCACUACGUGAUUUCGCUCCAAGUUAUUUCGACGAUAUUUUUGUUCACAGCCGCGCUGAGCAACAACUCAGCGCUACGGAGGUCCACCUUCGGCAUUUGAAACAGGUGUUCCAAGUGAUGCGCGAGAACAAACUGUACGCAAAUUUGAAGAAGUGCGUCUUCUGCGCUCCCGAGAUUCCAGUUCUUGGAUGCUAUGUUAGCAAGGAAGGUGUCCAUGCUGAACCCGAGAAAGUGUCAUCGAUAUGUUCAUGGCCUACGCCCAGGAACCAAACGGAACUACGCCAAUGGCUUGGCUUGGCCAAUUACUUGCAUAAGUAUACGAAGAACUAUGCAGAACUAAUCCAGCCACUAUCGACUCUACUGAAGAAAGACGCGGUUUGGUCAUGGAAAGCUGAACAUCACUCUGCCUUCAACUCUGUGAAAAAGAGCUUGUCUGAAGCACCAGUGAUGAUGUUGCCUGAUGAUUCCAAGCCAUUUCACGUCGUCUGUGAUGCGAGUAAUUUCGCUAUUGGAUGUGCCCUCAUGCAGUUUGACGAUGAGGGCCGAGAGCGCGUCGUGAGCUUUCAGUCACGACAGAUAAAACCCGCAGAGCGGAACUAUCCGGUACAUGACAAGGAACUUUUGGCUAUGCGUUACGCGCUGAUCAAGUUCAGAGUAUAUUUGCUCGGCGAGAAGAUGUUUUCGGUCUAUACAGAUCACGCAUCAUUGCGUACCGCCGUCAAGACUCCCCACUUGUUCCAGCGUAUGGCACGUUGGUUGUCAUACUUCUCAGAGUAUAUUUUCGUGGUCUUUUACAAACCCGGCAAGAACAACAUUCUUGCUGACGCGCUUUCUCGACGUCCAGAUUAUGAUCCUCGACGUGACAUGGGUCAUCAGCCAGGCAUUGCUGAAGAAGAGGACGACGACAUUUGUUUAUGCUGUGCUGAGCAGGGGCUCAAUGCAAUGAUUUCGACACCUGAGCUGUCAAUCCGGACUCAAAUCGCUGAGUCAUAUGCGAACGAUUCAUUCUACACGGGAAUCAUCAAUUAUCUUCGACACCCUAGUGAGGGUUCACUCGCGAAGUUGACGAAACCAACGCGUGACAACAUCAAGCGGUACGCGCUUGAUGGUCCGCUGCUGACUUAUACAAUGGACGUUUUCGAUCCACCGCGCGUCGUCAUCCCUGCUGAUGACGACCUCCGCGCACGAUUGGUGCAUGAAUUUCAUGACACUCCAACUGGUGGUCAUUUGGGUCGCGAGAAGACGUUCGCGGCCAUCUCUCGUGUGUUUUUCUGGCCGCGUAUGUACAAAUACAUCCAGAAAUGGGUACGCUCUUGUGAAAUAUGCCAGCGUGUGAAGCCUGCGCCGUCUUCACAAGCUCCAUUGCGUCCGCUUCCGAUUGCCACGGAAGCCUGGCGUUCGGUCAGCAUGGAUUUCAUCUUUGGUCUCCCUCCGGACGAACAGAAACGCACGGGCGUAUUGGUUUUUGUGGAUCGAUUUAGCAAAAUGGUGCAUUUUGCUCCAGUCUCCGCGCACGUUACGGCGGAGACGACCGCGCAGAUCUUCAUCGAUCUCAUAUUUCGACAUCACGGCUUACCUGAAUCAAUUGUUUCGGACCGCGACCCGCGCUUUACAUCAGCUUUUUGGGCAACGUUGUUUCAACUAUUGGGCACGCGACUGCUUAUGUCUACGGCAGCCCAUCCAGAGACGGAUAGGCAAACAGAGCGCGUGAACACAGUGCUUGAAGAUGUACUACGCAGUUAUGCGACAUCGUUCCAGUCGUGGAGCACCCUCGCGUUCCAGCGCUUCUUGCUCUUUCAGCUUCAGCACACCCAGUUUCUCAGCUUGGUGGGGGAGUAUCUCCCGAUGACACUACGCGAAAAAUUUUGA